AUGAGGUUUUCUUCAAGACCCGUUUCUAGUCCGGGUCGAACCGAAAACCCGGCUCUGCUUAUGCGGUUCUUGCGGACCAACACCGGCAGCAGAAGCAGAAGCAGAAGAAGCAGAAGCCGUUCCCGGUCACGAAAGAGACCUAUCUUUUUCCGGCGAAAGAACUCAGCGGCCACGGCGGAGACGCAGGAGCCGUCUUCACCUAAAGUCACUUGCAUGGGUCAAGUAAGGAUAAACCGGUCAAAGAAACCCAAACCCGGAACGGGUCGGGUCGCCGAAGGUGGAAAUGAAAGCCGCCAGCGUCGUCGACGUCGGUGCGGCGGGUGGGUGAAGAGCGCUUUCUCCUGCCAUUCUUUCUCCGGGAAACUCAAACCGACUUGCUUUAAUCCUGUGUGGCGCAAAUGGAAAUCGUUUUCUAAUGUUAGCUUCUCGAAAAAAUCAGAGAAGAGAUCAAGCUCGUCGAGGAGUGAGCCUAUCUUCGGCCGCUCCACGGUGGAGCCAGAAGAACGGGAAGAGUUUCGCAGAGAAGAAGAUGAAGAAGACGAAGAAGGAGAAGCAGAUUCUGAUAAAUCUUUCGCAGCUACGCCGCCGAGAAACGCUCUGUUAUUAACUCGAUGCAGAUCUGCACCGUAUAAUAGAUCCCCUUCAUUGGCUAAUAACUUCUGGGAAGAAGAAGUGACAAAGGACCCUCGUUUUCGACGACAAGAAGCUGAUAAUGUCAACGCCUCACCGGAAAAUGUGUCGGUUUCGAGCGUUACGGAAACAGAGAGAUUGGAGGACUCCGGUAGAGACUCGGUGGCGAGUGAAGAAGCAAACGGGAGCAUUUUGGGAUCUCCAUCACGACGGCGUCUGGUACUCACGCGCUGCAAAUCGGAGCCUGCGAGUAUAGGAGAGAAACUCAUUCCCGAGAACCGAAGGUUGGGAUUUACGUAA